GGAACAGAUCUACUUUAAUAAAAGUUAAUAUGAAGAUCUUUCCAGUAUUUUUAUUAUCAAUCGCAAUUGUUAAUUGCGAUUUUCCUACGGAUUCAUUCAAAGCUUCAAUGUUUGAUUCAUCGAACGGUUUCAUCGACUUAAUGAACAAUUAUUUAUUUACUUUAAAUGGGUUAAUACAAAAUCGAUUUGAUACAGCCGUUGCAUCAACUUGGCUGUAUUGGCGUUCUGCUAGUUUGAGUGCGAAUUCUAGAGGGUUUGUAACAGCGAGCGAUAAUCGAACUGAACUUUGUGACUGUAUUUCUUCUUUUGAUGAUGUCAUAUCAAAAGUAAUUUCUCAUUUAACGAAUGACGUGAUGAAGCCUGUGUUCGAUAUUAAAAAUUCAAAUACUAAAAUUGAAGAUGAUCUGUCGAAGCAGUUUGAUGAAAUUAAAGAUAUGAUAAUACGCUCAAACAACAUAAACUGUCUAAAAUCUAUCAACUAUAAUGAUUACACGAUUGGAUUAGCUUAUUAUAGCUACAGUAGUUUUCUUGCAAGAUCCUUUGCUGAUAUCACAUACAAGACUGAAGCAGACUACUCUGCACGAUUUUACUUAGACCAUGUUACUGCCCUUGGAUACCUAAUAAGAAUAAGAAGUUCUAUAAUGCUUGCAAGAUCACGUAGUGACUACAACAAUUUUAUUCGAACUUACUGCAAGCCAACGAUUUUUGCUAAAUUUGAAGGGCUGAUUGAUAUCUCAAAUAAUGUUGUUAAUGACUGUGCAAAGAGAAUAUAUAAUACACUUAAUGAGGCUUUAGAUAAACUUCCAUCACCGGUUCCAUUUACAGAUAAGCUAUCUAAUUGUUUAUAAUUUAGCAAUAAAUUCAUUAACAGCGGUACCUGAAUUAUACUUUAA